CAAGCAGCCAAUAAAUGAUGAUUCAGUUCGUUGAUGCAAAAUUUGUGUUAGUGAGUGCAGUUUUUGUAGCAAUAUACUUUUAUUUAAAGUUUUUUUUUUACAACUACUGGAAAAAAAAUAAAAUUCCUCAUGAAAGCCCAUCCGUACCUUUUGGCAACAUUCCCUUUACAUACUUUUUUGCAUCGAUACCCUUAGGUGUCCUCGUUAAAAAAUGUUACGAAAAAUUCUGCCACCAUCCAUUUUUUGGCAUGUAUGUUUUUCAUAGGCCAGUUAUAGUAAUAAAUGAUCCAGAACUUAUUCGAACAAUAUUAGUCAAAGAAUUUUCAAAAUUUCAAAAUCGCGGUUGGUUAACGGAUAAAAAAGUUGAUCCUAUGAUAGCGUUUUCAUUUCUUCAAUCUUAUGAAGAUUGGAAAAAUGUAAGGAAAAUAUUUUCACCAACUUUCUCUCCCAGUAAACUAAAGCAAAUUCAUCCUUUGAUGGCAGAAGUCAGUGACGCUAUGAUCAGAGUUUGUGACAAUGAGUUGAAAAAUUCAGAUGUCUUGGAAAUGAAGGAAAUUAUAUCAAGAUAUGCAUCGGACAUUAUAUCAUAUACAGUAUAUGGUUACAAUUAUAAUAGCUUAGAAAAUCCAAAUAAUGAUUUUCAUCGUUUAGGAAAAAGAGCUUUAAAAUUAGGCAGAAUAAAUAUGCUAAUGACUAUAUUUUGGCCGGAAAUUCCACAAUUGAUGUCCAUCUCACUUUUUCCUAAGGAAAUAAGCAAUUUCUUUGGAAGAAUUUUCACGGAAACAGUUAAUUAUCGUCGCAAUGAAAAGAUAGUGAGGAAAGAUUUUUUAAACCUUUUGAUGCAUUUAAUGGAUGAUAACAACGUCCAAGAUAACAAAACGUCGACUGAUGAUAAAAAAAAAGACGACGAUCAUCUAAGCCUGGAAGAUGCUGCCGCACAAGCUUUCUCAUUUUUUCUGGCAGGUUUAGAGACGACAACAUCGGUAGUAACUAUCUGCCUAUUGGAAUUGGCGUUGAAUCCUGAAAUACAGAAAAAGUUACAGCAAGAAAUUGACAACACGUUCGUUGCCAACCAUUUGGAUGGGUUGACGUAUGAUUGUGUCUCAGAAAUGAAGUACUUGGAUAUGGUAUUUAAUGAAACCUUAAGAAAGCAUCCACCGUUUGUUUUGUUGAAUCGCAUUUGUAAUGAGAAUUUCUUGAUUCCUGGCUCAAAUUUUACCAUUCCUAAGGGAAUGCGAGUAUUGAUUACAUCACCAGGAAUACAUAACAAUCCAGAAUACUAUCCAAAUCCAUGUGUAUUUGAUCCCACUCGGUUUACAAAGGAAAAUUCGGCUUCGAGACAUCCAUACGUUCAUUUAGGAUUUGGGGAAGGACCACGAAAUUGUUUAGGACAAAGAUUUGGCACGAUCCAAGCAAAACAAGCACUUGUAGCACUUUUACGGAACUAUACUUUUCGUAUUUCUGAUAAAACUGAGCUUCCAUUCAAAUGGAAUACUGAACGUUUUAUCCUGUGGCCCGCAAACGUAACACUAGCUGCUAAAGUUGCUCUAGAAAACAGUAACACUAAAGAUCUAACUGAGUCGCUGUUUUUGGCCAUGGCAUUCUGGAAUAUCUGCUUCAAGAUUGUAAAUUUCUCAAGUCACCGGGACAACGUGAUUGCAAUUGCAAGGGAAUUAAAAAUUUCGCACUGCCAAGCCAACAAUGACGAGGAAGCAAAGAUACUAGAAAAAUACGUAAAAAGAUCAAAGUGGCUCUUCGUUUUUCUCAUGUGUGCAACCAUCAGCAGCGCAGCAACUUUUUUCUACGCAUUUGUGUCAAAGGCAAUCAACAGCGAACAUUUACCACUCAAGACUUACCAAUUUUACGAUGAUUCAAAUUUACAAAGCGAUUGGACUUCAAUGGAACCACGUGAAAGGAGAUUUUUGUUUUUUUUGAUGACUUGCAAUAAAAAAGCUCAAAGUAUUUCCUGUCACGGAUUGUGCUCGCAAAAUCUGAACACAUUUUUAUGGGUAAUCAAAAUGUCUUACACUACUGUGAGUUUAUUGCAUCAAGUCAAUACAAGAACUUAG